AUGUCUAGAAGUGUUUGGAUUCAAUCAGAAGAUCUUUGUUUGUCGAGGUGUUGGGUGUUGAGGAGACCGGAUCCUGUUACGGGCAGGUGUGAAAUGAGUAUUCCCGGCCUAUCCUUUUGGGACGACGUUACUGUAAUGUUCAACACGGAGACCACUGGAGGGCCACGAAGCAAGUCUCAACUCCAAGGUCACUGGAGCAAGAUUCUGAAGGAAUGCAAACAGUUUGAGGUAAUUUGCACGAAGUUGAAUGCACAGGAGAGACCCGGCGAUGAUGAUGAGCAAUAUUAUGCAACGGCGCAUCAGAUAUACCGGGAGAAGCAUGGCAGGGGAUUCAGAUAUGAGCACUGCUUUAGGCAGCUCAUCUUUGUUCCUUUUUAG